ACGCUUAGUUCCAACCUCUAAUGUCUCCAUCUAGUGGCAAAGAUAAAAAAAUUUCUUUUAACUCGAACAAAGAGUUUUUUGUUCUUUUCGAAAUUCACUUUUAUUUUAGUUCUUGGAUUUUGAGUAAGGCUAUGUUCUUCAUUGCUUAACAUACGAGCUUUUUCUUAAAAAAAAUACUUUUCUUUAAAAAGUAAUAAAGAACAGGUUUCAUUUGGUAACAAAUUCUCAGAAGCUGAGAAGUGCUUUUGGUAAGACGGAGAAGUAAAAAUUUUUAGCUUUUCAGCCAAAAAGUGCUUUUGGCUGGUUCAUUUACUUUUUUAGCCACACACACGAACGCCCUUGUUUGCUCUCUACUCUCUGCUUUCUGCUGGUUCUUUGCCCUCAUCUCUGCCCUCUGCUGGUUCUUUUUUCCUCUGCCCUCUGCCGGAGAUAAACUUAGGUUGUCAACGCUUCUUUUAUCUCCUACAUCGAGCGAAAAGAGUAAGAGACAACAAUGGUUAAUUUCCGGGAAUUGAUAAUGUGGAGGACUACGUUUCGACAUGCUAAGAGGGAUCGACGCAUUUGUGAUGCAUAUGUGAUGUGCAAAGAAAAGACAGAGGAUGAAGUUAUAUCUACAUUUCUCCAGCUGAUAUCAUCACAAGCUAGUCCAGGGUUGCAUGUCAUUCAUAUUGCUGCUGAGAUGGCACCAGUUGCUAAGGGAGUUCAUACACCGGGUGGUAACAAGUUACUUACCAAGUGUGAUUCUAAUCUUAUUUCUGUAUGCUGUUCCACCAACCAUGAUGUUGUUUUCUGCAAUGGAGGGGAAUUUUUCAUGUAGUCAGAGGAAACGGAGUGCUUGCAUCAAAGUUCUGUACAAUAUGGGCAUUCCAUAUUUUACCCUCAAAUUAGAAUCUUAGUAUCCAUUGCACGCUAAAUUGUUCAAUUGAAACUAUGUUUGCUUUUAUAAUUCUAAGUAUUUUGUUUUAUAUUCUCAAA